AUGGCGGAUGUGUUGGACGAACAGGAAGAGGUGUUGCAGGAUAUGGAGUGUACGGAUAUGGACUACAGAAAGAUGAGGCAAAGUCAGGAAGCGGUAAUUCAUAUGUUAAUGAUGCACUGAAAAUUUAUUUCAAAAUUUGAUCGAUCCAAGAAAGUUGCACAAAUUCUCGAAGGUACAUUGACAAAUUCUCAAGUUCCCGAAGUUUCUGAGAUGAGACUUGUGACGUUUUAAUUUACGGCUUAAUGUGGCUCUAUAUUCUAGGGGCUCUUCCCUUUGGGUAUCGGUGUUAGUAUUUCUACACCUAGCAGUUUCCUCUUAGCCACUUUUCUCGCCUUUUCCUAUUCCUCUUUUUCCUUCUCGCACUUUCCCAUUGUUUCCAGGAGUCCAUUUGGAGGGAAAACAGCUCUGAUACGUUAUAAAUUCAGUGUUUUCAUCUCACAGACGGGUUACAUCAAGGUAUUUUCAGCAUAAAAGUAACUUAUUUUGGUUCACUUUUCAGUAACAUUCGAGAUAGGGCAUUGCCAUUUCGUUUAAUGCUGCAAUCAAACGUGUUUCAGACCUCUCGCAGACCUUUGUUCCUGACUUUUGAUCUGAGUAUUUCAAUCCUUGCUUUUUGCGCUUUUAGAUGUCUGUUGCAAUCAUGACCAAAGGGAAAAUGAAACAGAAUUGUAUGUUCAGCUCUUUGUCUCGGAAUUUGCAUCUUCUUGAAGGGCAUAUUUAAACUAAAUAUUUUUUUUCAAGGCUGGGUACCGUGAGGGUAUGGAAUCUGGAAAGGAAGCCAAUUUACAACAAGGUUUCAAUGACGGAUUUAUUUAUGGAGCCAGUGUUUCAAGGGAAUGGGCAAAGCUGAGAGGAGUUUUGAGGUAAAACACAUCCAUGCAUCUUAAGAAAAAAUCCUUAAGUUGCUCUUUCUUUUCACUUUUCUCAUUCCUUUUAUUCAUAAAACAGUGCUCUGAUGUUAUUUGUGAGUUCAAAUUCUGUGCAAGUACUUCAUCCAAACAUCACAAAUGAAAUCACAGAACUACUAGCAUUGGUCUGCCAAAUGGAGAACAAGGCUCUAAGUACACAAAAUAUGAAAGAUGCAAUACAGGACCAAAUAAACCCACAGGAUCAAUGUUCUUUGGAAAAAUCAGAAAAUGGAGGUGCCUCUCUGACUCAUCAUAAAGUGGUAACUAAAGGUAGAACUGUAAAUGAACAUGAAUUGUUGGUAGCAUUUGAAAUGCUUGAUACACAAGAUGGUAGUACUAAUGGCAUUGAUGAUUUCAGAAGUAGAUGUGAGCAAAGUGAGAAUGUUGUAGGAAAAAGAUGUUCCAAAGACCCAGCUCUGCCUGAAAAAUUCUUCAACUGUAGCCAAACUCCAGUAGAGACAUUUAAGAUCAAAUGUAAUGACAUGGAACACUUGUGGACUAUGAUUGUCUCAUUAGCUGAUAGACUUGGUAUCAAUAAACAAAAAAUACUUGCAGUGAAAAACAUUUAAUAAAAAUAAUAUUGAUGUAUGAAUACCUUCUAGAUAAUGGCAUGAAAUUAAACACUUUGUAAGGUAUUCAUCUUUAAAAACCCAUUCACAAACAGUACAUUGUAGUGUUCUGGUUUUAAGUGGUUUUAAAACCCUGAGAAAACAGAAAGCCAAGACACAGAGAAACACUAGCUGAUCUGGCC